AUGCGAUUCUCAACAUUUUACACCGUUGUGGGCGUUAUUGCCACUACCACUGUCGCGGCAGAGCAGAACGCCAACGUUAAUACUGAGAGGCAAACAGGCUGUGGCCCUCUUUGGGAAGUGACCCUUGCAGCUAGGCAGGAAUUCAUCACCAAGAGGGAAACAGUCAACCCACUGGGUUUGGAACAAUACGACCAAUUUUUUGGUUAUUUCGAGAGUGGCAUGUACAACAUGCUUGAGUCAUGCAGUUAUCUGCACAACUUUAGAUAUCCCCCAAGGUCAGAUCGACGGGAAGCGGCCAAAGAGUAG